GGUUGCUUUGACCUUGAGCUAGAGCUUCAUGAUUGUAAUUCAACCUCGUGUGAGCCUCGUAUUGUAUGCUAUUGUAUUGGAACAAUACACAGACUCGUUACUCAUCAAGUCUUAAGCCUAUCGAGAUAUCUCUCGGCUUAAUUAAAACGCCAUUCAUUGGAUGCCCUGCUGAGCGUAGGCUACAAAGGCCCGAUACAUCAACAACAUGGUAGACAAUAGCCGCGUUGAUAUCAUCUUCAUCGGUGCUGGCGCCGUUGGUUGCUUCUACGCUUCACGCCUUCAUCAUCCGUCCCAAAAUCUUCACGUUUCUCUCGUGGCUCGCUCUAACUAUGCUGCUAUUCAAAAAGACGGCGUGAAGCUUCUGACACGAAGCUUUGGUGAUUACACCUUCAAGCCCGAUGCGGCUUUCCCUUCUGUCGAUGCUGCUGCUGCUGCCACUUCAUCAGGCGCAAAGCGAGACUGGCACUAUAUCUUCGUGACAACCAAGGCUCUUCCAGAUAUCAGCGAUGACUCUUCCAUCAUCGAGCCCUUGGUAGGCCCAAAGUCAUGUAUUGUCCUCAUCCAGAAUGGUGUCGGUGUAGAGGAGCCCUUCCGCAAACGCUUCCCUAAUAACCCGAUCGUCAGCGCUGUCACCGUUGUUAGUGCAGAGCAAACAUCUCCUGGUACUAUUCGCCAGAACCGCUGGACGCGUAUCAGCAUCGGACCUUACACAGAUGGUUUAGCCUCGAAGGACUCGGAGCUAGGCCGUCGUGGCACAGAGUCGACUGAAGCACUGUGUCGUUGGUGGACAGACCUGGGUGGUAUCAAAGACGUGGAUCCCCAUGAUGAAGUCGGUCUUCAGACUGUGCGGUGGCACAAGCUCUGUAUCAACGCAGCCAUGAACCCCUCCGCUGUGCUCUCAGGUGGUCGUGGCAAUGCCGAUAUGGUAGCAGAUGACGAGCUCCAGCGACAUCUCCUAGGCGUGAUGCAUGAGAUUCGAGAUGCUGUGCCCAAGAUUCUCGGCAGACCUUUCCCGGACAGUAUGGCCAAACCUGAGAAGAUCGUUGAGAGCACAGCCCGCAAUAAGGGCGCGAGGCCGAGCAUGCUUCUGGACUGGGAAGCAGGUAAGCCUUUAGAGCUUGAGGUGAUAUUGGGUAAUCCUGUGAGGAUUGCAAGGGAGAGAGGUGUUGAAAUGCCUAGGUUGCAGAGCUUGUAUGCGCUUUUGAGGUCGGCGCAGGCCAUGAGGAAAAGGGAGACCAAGGGGAAGCUUUGAAUCAGAAUCUUAUUCAGAGACGAGUUGCAAUAUCACAUCAUCUAUUAAGAUCAAGAUAGAGGUUAUAUUAGACAUAGUCGAAUCGCGUAUUAUUAGUUAUUUAUCUAUUACUACUUCC